UAGUUUUGUUUUUAAUUUGAAUUUGCGCCGUUUGCUUGCUGCUGUUGAUUGCAAGUUUUAUUUCUUUUUCCUUCCUUUGAUAUUUCGUGAAAAGCCCAGCGAUGGAAGACCUGGAAAACCAAGGAGAAUAUUGUCCCGUUGAGAGGCGGACGAAACAUGGAACAGCUUGAAAUGGUUCUGACCGCUUCGGAGGAGCAGUUGAAGGAGGGCCAACGCACACACGAAGAGCGUAUCCAGCAGUAUGAUGGGCCGGACCCGUUGCAACCGUGGUACGAGUACAUCUGCUGGAUCGAGCAAACGCAUCCGGCCAGCGGGAAGCAGGGCGCCAACAAUGCAAUCCUGCUUAAGUGCAUCGCCAAGUUCGAGAACGACGAACGCUACCAGCAAGACCAUCGGUUCAUAAAGCUUUGCAUGAAAUAUAUUGACACCCAGUCAUCCCCGCAGGAGUUGUACCAGGAACUUUACGAUCGUGGCAUUGGAACGCUGUGUGCCGAACUGUACAUCGGUUGGGCGUACUAUUACGAUGCGGAGGAUAAUUUCUCCCAAACGGAUGCCAUCUACCAGAAAGGAUUGGAUGCUGGGGCAGUACCAAAGCAGGAGUUGGAACAAGCGCAUAAGCAAUUUGGAUUUUCCAUGUCUCAACGGUUGCUUCACAAGGAUGAAUGUUCGAAGCAGAAAUUUCAGUCCACACUGGUCGAACGGAGGAACGCGCUGACGUCGCUCAAGGGUCAACGGAACAUACACGUCGGAAGCAUCCGAACGGGGCUCGCCGUACGAAGCUACAACCCCGGAAUCGUCAAGCAGGAGAAUGUGAGUCCGAAUGAAAACAAUUCAUACGCCGUUCCGGUCUUUACGGGUGCAGGAAACAGCUCAAAGAGUAACGGCGCAUCGGAGAAUCAUUCGAUUGUGCGUUCGUUUGUGAACGCCAGCCGCGAUCGGGAGAACGUGCGAGAACCAGGGCCGUGGUCGGAUGCGAAAUCCAGUAAAAGCCGAGGCCCACUGUUUGGGGCAUCGCACGGGCCGCGUUUCGAAAUUUCGGAAGAUUCAAUUGAGUUUAUACCGAUUCCGGUGCAGGUUGAAAACUUAAGCCGUGGAAUUCAGUUGGAAUCGAACCACAAGCGGACCAACUACCCACAGAAGCCGUUCGAAAUUGCCCCCUGUGACGACGAUAAACCAUCCGGUUUUCCGCUGUACGACAAAACGUUCCUGUAUUGCCGCGGCACGAAGGAGGAUUUCUGUCCGGAAGAAUUACGCGGAUAUCGCUAUUUUAAGCGUCGGGGAAUUCAAAACCAGAUGACCGCUCGCUACGAUCCGAUCUGGGCGAACGGAGCGGAGGCCGGAAUCCGAUUGCAUCCGUAUCACGUGCGCGAGUUCAAGUGUGAUCUCAAGAGUGACCUGAAAACGGACCGACCACCAGUCGACAGAAGCUGGGACGAUAUGCAAACUAGAAUCAGAGAGAUUUACGCUUCACCAGCUGGCGAAGAGUUGUCAAUGGAGGAGCUGCGUCUGCAAAAGUGGAAGGAGGGCAAGAUCAAACGGUACAUCGACAAGAAGCACGACGACGACAUGUUGCGCGUCGAUAUGGAUGAAACCGUGGUCCAGAGCAAGCGGGUCUCGUUUGCCCCUGCCCGAGGUAGCAUAAUGCCACCGGCUCAGUUUGACAGGAAACCGGCCACGCCGCCCGUCAUCCUUCCUCCGGGCAUGUUGAUGAUCUACGAAGAACAGCCGGAUGAGUUGAGCGUAGCUCUGCCAAACAGUCCGCCGAAAAGCACGGCCACUGUCCGGAAAUCAGAUAAACGGCGUUCGGAGGAAUCGCCGGCGUUGAAAUCUGCACCGAAAAAAGCAUCGAUCGACGAAGACGAUGACGAAGAGAAGGGCUUUGCAGUUCCCAAACCAAAAUCCAAGGUGACGAUCCCAAUUUUCGUGGACGACGAAGCAGAACCGGUCGAGAGCAAAGAAUCCAACGACUACUAUCCGAAUGAAACGUGCUCGACGCAGGUGUUCAACAUGUUUGUCAAAAGCCAGAGCACUCCGCUAGGAAUGAAAAGUGGCGCUCGCAGUUCGGUGGCCCCACUACCUAGGCAGCAUCUGAUGCUCGAAGAAAUGGAAGAACCGGCGGCCCCUCUGCAGGAUGAGAACCUAGCACAAAUUCACCAGAUGAAGACUAGCAACGAAAACGCUGAGCCUGAGUCGCUCACGCCGUCAACAUCCAACUCGACGCAGGUACAAAAGCAGCUGUCGACGAUCAUGGAACGAACCGAGACGAGUACCAUUUCUGGGGCGUGUAGCACCAAAUCAUCCGUCUCGUCGCCACCCCUUGGUGAACUCGCUUCCCCAAUGAUCCCAUCCGAACAGGAGCAAUCGGUGAACCACACAGACGUAAACAUGAAACAAGCCGUUAAAAAUCUGGACCAACCAUUAACGUUUAAAAUUCCUGAAACAUUUGAAAAACCCGAUGAACCGAAAGCGGCUGCGAUGAUCAGUCCGUUUGUGAUUCACAUUGACAGCACCGAAACGAUGGCCAAAAUUCCGCUGGUGUCGAAGAACGCACUCCCGGCCAAGCUGCCGGCAACGCCAAUCGACGAGAAGGAAAACCUAGAGCUGGCAGAACCGAUCUCCGUUCCGGACGAAGUAACGGCCCCGACAACGACUACCUCCAAUUUGCUGCUGCGCAAAAAUCUGUCCCAUCUUCCACAGCGCGAACCAGUUGGCGUCAAUUCGAUCAUGAGCUUCAAAAUGACGACCGAACGCACCAACACGGUUCCGCUGCCAUUGGUCAAACAUCCGGCAGAGAGUGCGGCGGCUCCUGCCCCGGCAGUGAAGCAAAUCAAUGCCGACGAUUCGCUGUUUGAGCUACUUGUGCGGACACCCUCACCGAAACUGGCCAAAGCAAAGAGUCCACCAGCGUUGGUCGCAGCGACGGUCGAAAAGCAGUCCGAAGUCGCGGCCAAAAAUUCCUCCUUUUUCGAUUUGGCUGACUUUCAAAAAACGCCCGAGAAAAAGAUUCAACAUGUUCCAAACGUCAUAUCGAACGUGCAGGCACCCACCAGGGACAAUCCGCAGCCGCUGAAGAUCCAGAGCGUUAUGGGUGCCAUCAACCUGGAGGACUUUCCGUCGCCGCCCAAGCGCAGUUCGCUCGAGGACAUGAACACGGAGAUUUUCUCACUGCACAUGAACAAAAUGAAAAACUCGACGCUGUUGCCGGGUCGUUUCACAGAGUUUGAGAUGCCGGAAAAAGUGGCUGGAGUUGACAUCAGUCCUCCGAGUAACACCCACCAGGCUAUAGGAGGCAAGAUCGAUCAGCUUGACUUUGACAUCAGUAUGAGUGAGAGCAAGCUCAAGAAGAUAUACUUGGAUGAUGGAACGAAGAAAAAGCAAGACGCGGACGGGUUCAAAAUUCCGGCUCCCGUGUUCAAGUCCCCGCCGGCCAUCAUCAAUCUGGAUGACGAUGACGACGACGACGACAAUAAUGGGGACGAUCUGGGCAAAAGUAUCUACAUUGCGAAACCGGCCUCACCGGUGGAAGUUCGGCCGCAGUGGGAGGAGAUUGAUGAGUAUUUCAACCCGGCCAACAACGAGUACAUGAAAAAGGAGGUCGACCUGGACGGCACGAUGCAGUUCAUUUACCAGCAAACCAACUCGGAAACCGACCUCGACCCGUUCGAUCCUAAGCUCCAGGAGGCGUUUCUCGAAAAGAUGGAUUUUAUGAGCUACAUUGAGGAGCUGGGCACGUGUUGUAUGGUCAACAAGGUGCAACCGUUGGCCAAGGGCAUGAUUGAAACUGUAAACGACGUCAAGUUUUCCGUAACGAAAAUUGGCGAAGGCACCUUCGGCACGGUCUACAGCGCCAAGAAUCUGAACACCGGUGAGCAAGUGGCCAUGAAGCAGGAACGUCCGGCCAACCUGUGGGAAUACUACAUCUGUCUAGAGCUCCGCGCUCGCAUCAAUCACGAUGAAAUCCUGCCCGGUCUGAUGAGCGUUGACUACGCGAUCGUCGGAAACAACGCCAGCGUGCUCGUGUCGCAGUUUUCUCGCUUCGGAAACAUCCUGGACGUUGCGAACCUGAUAAAGCGAGUCACCACGAAGAACAUUGACGAAUUUAUCGCAAUGAUUAUCACGACCCAGAUACUGUCGAUCAUUGAUCACCUGCACAGCUGCAUGAUCAUACACGCCGACAUCAAACCGGAUAACUUCCUGCUCAUGUCGCCAAUCAACAUGCAGUCCAACAUUCCCUGCGUGCAGCUGAUCGAUUUCGGAGUCUCGAUUGAUCUCAAACUGUUCCCCAAGGGAACCACGUUCAAAAAGAUUGUAACGACGGAGUGCUUCACGUGCAUCGAGAUGCUCGAGAGGCGCCCGUGGACGUACCAGCCGGAUCUGUACGGCGUCGCGGGCACGACACACGUGAUGCUGUUUGGCAAGUACAUGGAGGUGCAAAAGGACAUCAUCAACUGGAACAUAAAGGCGCGCAUGCCGCGCUAUUUCCGCAAGUCCAUGUGGGACAAUUACUUCGUGACGAUGCUGAACGUGCGCGACUGCAACGAGAUGCCGAACCUGCAAACGCUGCGCGGCAUGCUGCUGGCGGAGAUCGAGGAGAACGAUAAGUACAUCCGCGACAAGGUGAACGAGUUUAACCAGGCGUUGCUGUCGGCGUAGUUUGUAUUAAAGAUGUGCGUCCAAAUAUUAUAAUUUGUAUCGAA